AUGGGAUCCUCACAGCCAAGCAGUCCGCUUCUCCAGAAGCCGCUAAAAGUAGCCUGCAUCCAAAUAGCCAGCGGCCCCGACAAAACCAAAAACCUCGCCCAAGCGCGCCAGAAAGUCCUCGAAGCAGCAUCCUCCGGCGCCAACCUGAUCAUCCUCCCAGAAUGCUUCAACUCGCCAUACUCAACCGCCCAGUUCCGCGCCUACGCAGAGCCCCUAUCGCCCUCACCCGACGAAACCACCUCGCCCAGCUUCUUCGCCCUGGCCCAAAUGGCCCGCGACAGCGGCGCGUUCCUCAUCGGUGGCACAGUCCCCGAGCACGAUACCGACACAGACCGCAUCUACAACACCAGCGCGGUAUACUCACCGCAGGGGGAGUUGCUCGCCUCGCACCGGAAAAUGCACCUCUUCGACAUCGACGUGCCCGGCGGGAUGUCCUUCCACGAGUCAGACACGCUCUCAGCUGGUAACCGCAUCACGGUCGUCGAUCUCGACGGAUACGGGCGAAUCGGUCUAGGAAUCUGCUACGACAUGCGCUUCGCAGAGCCGAGCGCAAUCGCAGCGCGGCACGGCGCUUUCGCGCUGGUUUUCCCGUCAGCGUUUAACACGACGACUGGGCCGCUGCAUUGGGAGUUACUGGGUAGGGCGCGGGCGGUCGAUAACCAGGUUUAUAGUGUUUUGUGUUCGCAGGCGAGGGGCAAGGAUGGGGGGUAUCCGGCUUGGGGGUAUAGUCUUGUGGCGGAUCCGAUGGGGAGGGUUGUUGCGGGGAUGGAUGAGAAGGAGGGGAUUGUUUAUGCGGUGCUUGAGCCGGGCGUUAUUGGGGAGACGAGGGUGGCGAUUCCGGUUACGGGGCAGAGGAGGUUUGAUGUUUAUCCUGAUCUUGGAGAGUUGGUUAGGUUGAGGUAG